AGCUUAAACGCAACAUUGACCUGUCAGCCUUCCGCGGGAAAUUCACUACUGCUAGGUUCCCCGCUCUGCUGCUUUGUCGACUAUUCUUUCUAUUCUUUACGUUAAAUAAUUAACGACCGCGUUGUGUUACAUUCAGGUGGCUAAAACGCUGAUGUUAGUGGUCGUUGCUGGUGCAAUCUACAUCCUAAAAUGUCAAAGAAGAAAGGACUGAGUUUGGAGGAGAAGAGAACUCGCAUGAUGGAGAUUUUCUUUGAAUCUAAAGAUGUGUUUCAGCUGAAAGACAUCGAGAAGAUUGCCCCGAAGUCAAAGGGCAUAGCUCCCAUGACUGUGAAGGAAGUGCUGCAGAGCCUGGUUGAUGACAACAUGGUGGACUGUGAAAGAGUAGGUACAUCCAACUAUUACUGGGCCUUUCCCAGUAAAGCCUUACACGCACGCAAGCACAAACUGGAGGAGCUGCAAAAACAGAUUUCUGAGGCAAAGCAGCGGAAAGCAUCCCUAGAGAAAGCGGUUGAAAAAGCGAAAGUGGGACGUCAGGAUACAAAAGAAAGAAGCUCUCUGCUGAAGGAGCUGCGGGCUCUGAGAGAGGAGCGCACACAGCUGCAGGCGGAGUUGGAGAAGUAUCGGGAAUGUGACCCCGAAGUCGUCAAGGAGAUGAAAAAAUCAAAUGUUAUAGCAAAAGAAGCUGUUUCCAGGUGGACCGACAAUGUUUUUGCCAUCAAGUCCUGGACAAAGAAGAAGUUUGCCUUCGAUGACAGCCGUAUUGAUAAAGCCUUUGGUAUCCCUGAGGGCUUCGACUACAUGGACUGACUGCUAGCUUGUCAUGGACCCGGGAAUGGAAAAUGUUUGGGCUUCUGAUGCCUACGUGUCUGGUCUCUGCAUUUCUAGUUUCUGUUCUUUGUGUUUUAGUGAAAAGGAAUGCACCACAAGCCUCAUUUGUGGCCUGGGGUGGAUUUUGAAUUAGGACAGAUGUCAGUGACUUUGCAGUGGCAGAUGGACUUUAUCAGCAGAUAUGUUGCUUUGGUGCAACCAGAGAAGAGUCUGACACACCAUUAGUGGCUGUGAGGGGUGACAGGGUCCCGUGAUAAACACAGCUUAGCAGCCUGACUUUUGGGACACCUGUUUGCAUGAAAACUGAGAGCUCCAAGUAGAUGAUGGAAAGGAAUCGACACUGCAUUUGUGUUGCCAGUGGUUGCAUUUAUAUGGUUUAAACAGAUGGUUUGGAAUCAAGUGCUUGUGUAUUUUUUUCCUUCUGAGUUUUACAAAGCAUGCAUCUCCAGCUGUGUUAUACUUGCAAAGGUCAAUGUCAAGUGCCUUAGCUUUGGUGUUUUUGUUUAGAAAUUGGCACUGGAAUUUUUACAAGAUCGACCCUGAAAGCUCUGUUUUUUUUUUUUUUUUUGUUUGUUUUUCAGGGCUCACUUUCUAAAUGAACAAAAAGGAACACUGCUGUCACGACAUGUCUAGAAUGACUACUGACCUUCUUUUUUGCUCUUCAUUUUCUGUCAAACCAGAUGCAAAAAAGGCAGUUGUGUGUCUUGUUUUUGCAGUGACCUAGUUGACAAGGCCAAUGUGUCUGGGUUUUGUUGAUUUAAAUUUCAAAUGAGCUCUGUGCUCAUUUUGCUUUGCUCAUCAGUUUCAUUUUUAUUCCAGUAAGUGAAUGCCAUCAAAGUGCAAUGUUUGAUCAUUUACCACUUCUGAACACAAGUUAUUUCUGUGUAAACUAUUGAAGAACAUGAUGGUAUUAAUGGACAUAUUUUAGUGACUAAUUUAAAGGUUACUGUUUUUACUAUUGUAAAUUUAGUUAUUUGCGUAAUAAAGAAUCAUCUGAUCCAA